GUAAACGCCAUUUGCAAACAAGUGCCUCUCGUGAUCCACCUAACUUCAAUUCACCUGGAUAACCAGUAUUAUGACUUAGUUGACAGAAAGGAGAAGUAAUGUUUGAAAUUUUACCAGUCAACUCUCCAUCUUUGGAGACUUCCAUCAGUCUAACUGUGAUUGUUUUGGUGUGUUGUCAGCUUGUUGCAUGGUUCCUACGAUACAGGAGAUGGGUGGCAGUAUAUGAUGAAUUACCAAUGAAAAAGGAAAGGCAUUGGUUCUUUGGCCACAUAAAUGAGCACCCAGGUCCAUCUGAAGAAGGAAUCAAGUUUCAAGUUGCAUUCACAGAAAUAUUUCCCAAGUUCCACGCUAUAUGGUUUGGUAGAUUAAGAUGCAUAAUUAUCGCUCACCAUCCAGAUACCAUGAGAACAGUAAUGCGUGCUUCUGCUUAUGUGGCUAGAAAACCACGUGACCCGGGCACGGCCUAUCAGCUAGGUGUUAAAUGGCUUGGAGAAGGUUUACUUAUCGCUAAUGGCGACCGAUGGGCAAGGAACAGGCGACUCCUUACACCAGCGUUCCACUUUGAUAUUCUGCAACCAUAUGUUGAUGUGUUCAACAGCUGUACUGACAUACUUCUGGACAAAAUUGAGAAGGUAGCUGAAUCAGGUGAAUCUUUUGAAGUGUUUGAGCAUAUAGGCCUUUGUUCUCUAGAUAUCAUUACAAGAUGUGCUUUUUCUUACAAUACUGAUUGCCAGACACAAGGACAGAAACAUCCCUAUGUUCAAGCUGUGCACAGACUUUCAGAAUUAUGGAUAGAAAGAUCAUUGAAAGUAUUACAGGCUUUUGACUUCAUUUAUUAUAACUUUACCAAAGAAGGAAAAGAAUUCCUGAAAUUAUGCAAAUUUGUCCAUGAUGUGUCAGAAGAUAUAAUUGACAAACGACGAAAGGCAAUAAAGCAAGAUGGUUUAGAAGUUAAAAGCGGCGAGGCUGGUUCAGAAAAGAGGAAUCUAGACUUUCUAGAUAUAAUUCUUACAGCCACAGAUGAGGAUGGUGUCGGUCUCAAUGACCUAGAAAUAAGGAAUGAAGUGGACACCUUUCUCUUUGAAGGACAUGAUACGGUUACUUCCGCAAUCAGUUUCAUUUUGUAUGAACUAGCAUGUCAUCCAGAUAUUCUGCAAGAGUGUCAGCGAGAGGUCGAUACUAUUUUAGAUGGUCGGGAUAAUGACAACAUUGAAUGGAAGGACCUGUCAAGGUUAGACUAUCUGACUCAGUGUAUAAAGGAAGGAUUGCGCCUCCAUGGUUCUGUUCCCGUCAUACAACGUCAGGUGACUGAGGAUAUAAAGUUAGAAGGUUACCAUAUACCUUCGGGUACCAACAUACUUCUAGAUAUUUACAAUCUGCACCACAACCCUUCUGUGUGGGGAGAGGACAGAAAUGAGUUCAGACCAGACCGGUUCUCCCCGGAAGAAGUGAAGAAUAUGGAUCCUUUUGCUUUUCUUCCAUUUAGUGCAGGACAAAGGAAUUGUAUUGGCCAGAACUUUGCCAUGAAUGAGAUAAAAGUUACGAUUUCUCGACUGAUACAUAGAUACACGUUUACAUGUAAACCUGGACAUGUUGUGAAGCGACGUCUUUCUGUCGUAAUGAGAACAGAGGAUGGAAUUUGGCUUAAAGCGCAAAGAAGAAAGUGAGUGGUCAUAACAAGUUAUGAUGAAAAAAUGGUGAUUGUGACUUGAUGCCUUUGUGAUUUAUUGAAAAAAGUGUAUGGUUUAAGGUCAUGGCACGACCAUGUUAUGUGAUGGAAUGUUAAUUGUCGAUAAUCGUUUCGUUAUUAAUUGUUUUGUCACAGGCACGAGAAUUGGGUUUAGGAUGAAAAUAUAAUUUUUAACUCACCUGUCACGUAGUGACAAUGUGAGCUUUUGCGAUCGCACAUCGUCCGUCCGCCUGCAGUUUCCUGUGAACAUGAUAGAGACUACAUUUUACGAUCGAUUUUAAUCAAACUUGCACACAACUUGUAUUGGCAAAAUAUCUCAUUCCUCUCGAAAACUGGCCAGAUCCCUUCAUGGGGGUUCCAGAGUUAUGGCCUCUUUAAGGCCCAAAAUUUGCUAUUUUGGCUUUUGCAGCCAUAUGGAGACUUCAUUCAUGGUUUGAUUUGAUACAAACUUGCAAAAUAACUUUAACAACAAUAGAUCUUGAAUUCCAUAAUGAAUCUGUCAGAUCCAAUCAUAGGUUCCGGAGUUACGGCCCUUGAUUGACCCCUGAAAGAGCCAAAAUUUGUUAAUUUUUACUUUGUGUACACAAUAGAAUUGACAUUUUACAUUCGAUUUUAACCACACUUACACACAACUUCAGGCACAAUAAGAUCUUGGUUCUUUUUGAAAACCGGCUAGAUUCCAUCAUGGGUUCUAGAGUUUUAAAUUUUCCUUUUUGGCCCUUUCAGCUAUAAACUUUAAGAGGUUUUAUUUAUGCUUUGAUUGGAUGAUCUAAAUGGCCAAGUUCGAAACUGGGUCAUGUGGGGUCAAAAACUAGGUCAUCUGCUCAAAUCAAAGGAAAAGCUUGUUAACUAGAUGCCAUAUUUAUGUUCCUAUCUUCAUGAAACUUGGUUAGAAUGUUUAUCUUGAUGAUUCCUAUGCCAGAUUCAGAACUGGGUGAUAUGGGAUCAAAAACCAGGUCACCCUUUCAAAUCAAAGGAAAAGCUUGUUAACACUCUUGAGGCCACAUUUAUGACCCGUUCUUCAUGGAACUUUGCCAGAAUGUUUAUCUUGUUGAUUCCUAGGCCAACCCCAAAAUGGAUAAUAUAGGGUCAAAAACUAGGUCAUCCGCUCAAAUCAAAGGAAUAGCUUGUUAACACUAGAGGCCAUAAUUUACUAUCCUAUCUUCUUGAAACUUAGUAAGAAUGUUUAUCUUGAUGAUUCUUAGGCAAAGUUCGAAACUGGGUCAUGUGGGGUCAAAAACUAGGUCACCACUCAAAGGAAAAGCUUGUUAGCACUGUAGAGGCCACAUAAUAAAAACAUUUAUUAUAUACCUACAUGUAUAUAAAUUCUGUAAAAAAUCGGCUUGUAUUUCACAAUUAAAUAUGAACAAACACAAAAUUUCCGUAUUGUACCUUUUAAAUUCCGUAUUGUACCUUCCGUAUUGUAUGCUGCCGGACUAUUUUCAUUAAUAUGCAUGACCCGACACAUUUCUAUAAAUGGCGCACAUAAAAACUUAACUAAGUUCCAUUUCAUAUCGAUAAACAUUGAAGAUUUCUUUCAAGAACAAAACAAGAAUCAAAAUGGUAAAGGUAUAUAAUAAAAGGGUCAUUAUAACAGUAGCUAGAUCUGGGACUUUGUAUUCGGCUCUCGUGGAUUUUGCAAGGUCGGAUCACACUCGGCGCUUGCGCGCCUCGUGAGAUCUGGUCUGGCAAAAUCCGCUCAAGCCGAAUACUGCAUCCCAGUUCAAGCUACUGUUAUAAUAACCCUAUUUUAUGACUCUAUCUUCAUGAAACUUGACCAGAAUGUUCAUCUUGAUGAUUCGUAGGCCAAGUUUAACAGGUGAGUGAUAUAGAGUCAUCAUCACCCUCUUGUUUAUCAGUCUGGUCAUAUUUAUUUUCAUCCCAAGUCCGAUAUUUGUGCUUGCAUGUUUUGUUUGUUUAUAUUACAUGUAUUUGUUGAUAGCUUUAUAUUGUUUUACACUGCUUUGCAUAUAUGUGAGUGGUUGAUUUAUUAAGUAUUUCAUAAUAUAAACACAGUAUCAAUUAGUUGGUUGAUAUGCUUGUUUAGCUCACCUGAGCCAAAGCUUUUUUGAUCGCUCAAUGUCCGUCGUGCAUCGUCCCUCCGUCAACAUUUUUCUAAAAAAAUCUUGAAAACCACUGGGCAGAAUUACACCAAACUUCACAGGAAUGAUCCUUGGGUAGCCCCCUUUCAAAAUUAUUCAAAGAAUUUAAUUCCAUGCAGAACUUUGGUUGCCAACCAAAAGGAAAAAUAUUAAAAGUCUUCUUGUCCAAAACCGCAAGGUGUAGAACCUUGAUAUUUGGCAUUUGACAUGUUCUUAUGGUCCUCUAUCAAGAUGAUUCAAAUUGUGCCCCAGGGGUCACAAGUUUUACAUAGACUUUUAUAGUAAAAACUUCAAAAAUCUUCUUGUCUAAAUCAACAAGACCUAGGCCUUUGAUAUUUUGUAUGUAGCAUUGCCUUGUGGUCCUCUACCAAAAUUGUUCAAAUUAUGCCCCUGGGGUGAACAGAGGCCCUGUCCCGGGGGGUUUGAAGUUUUACAUAGAAUCAUAUGGAAAAAAAACUUUAAAAAUCUUCUUGCCUGAAACUGCAAGGCCUGGGCUUUUGGUAUUAAGUAUGUUGCCUUUCCUAGUGUUUCAAAAUUUUUCAAAUUAUAUCCCUGGGGUGAAAAGAGGCCCUGCCCUGGGGGUACCAAGUUUAAGAUAGACUUAUAUAGGAAAAAAAGAUCUUCUUGUCUGAAAGUUCAAGGCCUAGGCCUUUGAUAUUUGGUUUGUAGCACUGCCUGGAGGAUCUCUAAAAUGUUUGUUCAAAUUAUGCCCCUGGGGUAAAAUACUUCAAAAAUUAUCAGAUCAUAUUUCCUAGACUGUUUGAUUAUAAUUACCCCCUGACCCCAAACGAUAAGGGACCAUUUGACUAUGACCUUGACCUACUGACCUACUUUCCGAUCUUAAAACUGACUUUCAGUUACCAUGAAUAUGAACCUACUGUCUUGAUAAUUUAUCUUCAGCUUCCCUUUGAAACAUGUAGCUCAUAUUACUCAGGUGAGUGAUCCAGGGUCAUCAUGACGUUCUUGUCUAUAUUAUAGUCAUUACUAAGUACAGGUAUUAAUUAAAGAGUUUCUAUAUUUUUGUUAUGUGUUAACUUUACAAAUGUUGCAAGCAGUUGUUAAUAACUAUGCAAUUGUAUAACAAAUUACAUUUAUUUAUUGGA